AUGAAGUCAUUCCAAAUUAUUGCCGCCUUGAUGCUGGUCACCGUGACCUUGGCCUACGCCAGAAACGCCUACUUUGUCUUCUCUGAUAACACUGACGAGUUCACCAUCAAGCUUACCAACCCAGCUUUGAUCCAACAUGCCCGUGACCUGAUUGCCAACAGAACCCAGGACGGACGUGGAAUCAUGGGCAAAAUCAUCCCCCGUGACACCUGGUACAACUGGGAGUGGUCAUUCUACCUCGACCCAUCCACCAUCUCCUUCUUUGACAUGGCUACCGAGGUCUGCGACGCCUCCAUCUCCUACGUCGAGGAGCACCUUAACGAAGUUGGUGGCGCUCUCCUUCCAGGUCGCACCUGGUGCCCAUGGGCUUCCCACCUUGUGCGUGAGAUCUAA